CGGACCCUCCCCCUCUGUAUCCUCUCGCAGUAACCCACCGGAGCCUUACCGAGUACCGGAGCCUUACCGAGGGAUGGAGGCCUAAUGGUGCCGCUAGGGGGCGUCGCUUCCUCCGCCGCUCGCUGCUGCGCCCCCUGGCGGCGGCCUGGCAGUGCCUGUCGGCUGUCAUUCACCGGGAGGUGUCCGUUUCGAACGGGCAGCGAGCUACGGGAGGGAACCACCGGCGUGUGACCCCCCCAGCGCCGCGACAGGCGGGCGGCCCCUGGGGAGAGCCCGCCCUGCGGUAGCACAGACAUCCCCCGGUUACCGAUACGGGCAGGUGCCGAUGACUUUCGAGGAUGUGGCAGUACACUUCAGCAGGCAGGAGUGGGCCGAGCUGGACGAUGAGCAGAGGGAUUUGUACCGCGGCGUCAUGGAGGACAACUACGAGAUGCUGAUGUCCCUGUACUGUGAUCUCUCCAAGCCUGACCUCGUAGCUCAGAUGGAAGGAGAAGAGCUGAGUAUGCUGGUGGAGUCAAACCUGACAACAGAAGAUGUGUCCCAACCACCAGCAGCUGUAGAGCCAGAGUGCCUGAGCUGUGUGAGCGAUGAUGGUCUGAUGGAGAUGAAGAUACAAGAGCCUUGCAAGAAGAACCCCCUGCACCUGGAGGACAGGAGCAGCCCCUUGGUGGCAGUGUGUGAGGAGAACUGUCUGCAUCUAGAGGACAGGAAUAGUCCCACGGUGGCAGUGUGUGAGGAGAAGUCUCAGCACCUGGAGGACAGGAAUAGUCCCACUGUGGCAGUGUGUGAGGAGAAGACUCAGCAGCUAGAGGACAGGAACAGCCCAGUGGUGGCAGCGAUCUACAGCGCAUCCCAUGUCCCACCUGAAGCCACUGCUGUCCCUGUAGACCUCAGCCAGCCAACUCCAUCCCCUUCUUGCCCUGUCACCACACAAUGCCAUGAAGCAGUGAUUCUGAACUGGUGUCCAUCACCUCCUCCUGCAGCAGCAGAUGCCGAGGUGGGGAUCCCCAUGGAGGUGCCUCCAGAGGAGGUGACUGACAAGAAGCCAAGAGUGCCAGAAAUGCCCUCAAAGGCUCUGGAAGAGGAAGAGAACGUGAAAGAUGCGGGGAAUGCCAGCCCAGCCACGGCAGUAGAUGCUCCUGAAGAAGCAGGCAAGGAGAUGCCAGGUGUUUGUGGAGCAAUGGUCCAGGCAGAUCCCAGCACUGGGAGCCCAGGAGAGCCAGUGGAAGGCCGAACAGCCACCUUCCAACGCGGCUCCUCCCGGGAGAAGUCCUACUCCUGCCUGGUGUGCAGAAAGAAGUUUCUGCUGAAGAUCAACCUCCUCAUCCACCAGCGGAGCCACAGCAACGACACGCCCUACGCCUGCCCCCACUGCAACCGCACCUUCAUGUCCAAGAGGAAAAUCGGGCGUCACCUCCGCGCCAGGGCACUGAAGGGCUUCUGCCAGCCCCCGGAGGCAGAGGAGUGCUCCAGCCGGGCACCGUGCCCAGCCUCCCAGCCCCACCCCGCGACCUGCGAGACUGUCUGGGGGAAGCCCAACCCCAGCAGGUGCCCGCUGUCACCCGGGAAAAUCAUGUACACCUGCAACGACUGCAUGGAGAACUUCUCCAGCCAGAGCUUCCUGAUCCUGCACCAGCGCCACCACACCAAGCGCCACUGCAUCCUCUGUCCCUGCUGCAACCGCAGCUUCACCUGGGCCUCAGACUUUGUUCGCCACCAGUGGUCCGACACAGGUGGGCGACCCUACCAGUGUGGCAUCUGCCAGAAGACGUUCAAGCGGCGCUACCACCUCAGUGUCCAUCAGCGGAUCCACGUGCGGCAGGAGAGGCCCUGCCCCCACAGGGACCAGCUCCCCAUGCCAGCAGCACCAGUGUAACCACUGAUGUGGCCGUGGGAAGAGUGGGGUGGGAAGCUGGGAGGUGUCCAGAGGUUGCUGUGGGAAUUUCUUCUCCUCAUCCUGGACGUGAGCAGGUUGAUGAAUUCCAGAAGAUGAGCAGCACCACCUGAUUCCUCCUGCCUUGUUGUGGGAACAGAGGACACGGGCGCCCUGCCCAUGCAGAACCCCAGGGCGGGUGGCUCCUUAUUUCUGAGGCCCACUGGAGUGGCCAGUGCGGGGGGGGACACGGGGAGUGGGCAUGGUGGAGGAUUUGUCCCUUUUUGGAGAGCACCAAUAGAUGUUGAAACCAGGAUGCUGGAUGCAGCU